GGCUGGGGGGGGCAAGGGAGGUGCUUCGUGCCGGCUCCGCUCCCUCCCACUUCCCCUGUCUCUUCUCUUUGCCCCCAGCUGGGAACCAGGCGUCUCUGCUGUCCUGGCAGGUCCCGGCGGGUCCCGCAGCAGUGAAGGGCGAUGGGGCGAAUCCCCCACAGACCAGGCGGCCCUUGGACAGGGAUUCUCCUGGCAGCCUCCGUCCUGGGCUCCUGCCUGCAGCCGGUGCCGGCCCAGACCCCGGUGACCAUCGUCCUCACCCCGCCGAGCCCCGCGGUGGGAGGGGGCGUCAGCCUGGCCCCGCAGAAUCCACCACAGGACUUCGUGCUCUGCAGCUGGUUCCGAUCAGCGACCGCCACUGACGGAAACAGCCAGAUCCUCACCUACUAUCCACAAACACCCCCCGUCCAGACCAAGGACUGGGCCCACACGGGGCGGGAGACAGCGGGGCCGGGCUGCGCCCUGCACAUCGCGGGGUUAACGCUCAAGGACACCGGGAACUACACGGUGCUGAUUCAGAGCCCGACUAGGCCUGUCCUCGCCACGGUGCAUCUGCCCGUCUCUGCCUCCGUCCUGGGCUCCUGCCUGCAGCCGGCGCCGGCCCAGACCCCGGUGACCAUCGUCCUCACCCCGCCGAGCCCCGCGAUGGGAGGGGGCGUCAGCCUGGCCCCGCAGAAUCCACCACAGGACUUCGUGCUCUGCAGCUGGUUCCGAUCAGCGACCGCCACUGAUGGAAACAGCCAGAUCCUCACCUACUACCCACAAACACCCCCCGUCCAGACCAAGGACUGGGCCCACACGGGGCGGGAGACUGCGGGGCCGGGCUGCGCCCUGCACAUCGCGGGGUUAACGCUCAAGGACACCGGGAACUACACGGUGCUGAUUCAGAGCCCGACUAGGCCUGUCCUCGCCACGGUGCAUCUGCCCGUCUCUGCCUCCGUCCUGGGCUCCUGCCUGCAGCCGGCGCCGGCCCAGACCCCGGUGACCAUCGUCCUCACCCCGCCGAGCCCCGCGAUGGGAGGGGGCGUCAGCCUGGCCCCGCAGAAUCCACCACAGGACUUCGUGCUCUGCAGCUGGUUCCGAUCAGCGACCGCCACUGAUGGAAACAGCCAGAUCCUCACCUACUACCCACAAACACCCCCCGUCCAGACCAAGGACUGGGCCCACACGGGGCGGGAGACUGCGGGGCCGGGCUGCGCCCUGCACAUCGCGGGGUUAACGCUCAAGGACACCGGGAACUACACGGUGCUGAUUCAGAGCCCGACUAGGCCUGUCCUCGCCACGGUGCAUCUGCCCGUCUCUGACACCCCUCGUCCAGGUCUCUCUGCCGGGGCCGUCGCCCCUCGUCCAGGUCUCUCUGCCGGGGCCGUCGCUGGGAUCGUCAUCGGGUCACUGGCGGGGUCGGCGCUGGUCGGAGUCGGGGCCUAUUUCCUCUACUCUCGCUGCCGGAACGAGACCCCCAGGGAGAAUGGGGCACCCGUCCUGGUGUACGAGAACCUGCCCCUGGCAGCCAGGGCAGGGCCAGUGACACUGCAGCCCUGACAGCAGGACGUGUACAAGGAGCUGAAGAAGUGAUGCCCCCUCCUGCCCCCCAGUGCAUGCUGGGAGGGGCCCGGUGCAUGCUGGGAAAGGCGCGUCCCCGAGCCUGGGUCCCGCCGCCUGGGGACGUCCCGCCGAUGAAGCGUUAAAGGGCAGGAACAGCCACCGCCCGGCCUGGGGGGUCCGUCCGUCCAGGCUGCUUCCCUGGCGCCCAUCACCGCAGCGUCUGGGCCCCUCCAAAGAAAUCAGAAACUCGGCGCCUGUGAGUGGCUCUGGCUCCAUUGUGCCCAGCACAGUAUUUGGGAGCCCACCUCUGCCACCGGCUUGGUGACGUCUCAGGACCAAACACCCCCCAGCCUGGGGGCACGUGCCCUGUUUUCUGCCCAUCUGACCUGAGCCUGGCGCGCUGAGCUGUGUCCCACCCCAGGCCGCGGGAGCUCCCCACUGCACAGAGGGGCCCGGGCGGCUCAGUGACCAGCCUGGGUCCCAUGGGGAGUCUGUGGGGCUACAGGGACUCAGACCCGGGUCUCCCCAGUGCCCGACUGGUGCCCAAACCAGGGCCAGGGGUCCUCGCCCAGGGCUUCCCCCCGCACCCCACACACACUUCCUGGUGUUUGUUCUAAGCCUGCCGCCCAUUCCUGUCAUUUCCCGACCCCUAGUCCUUGUGUUUCGAGGAGUAAAUAACAGGAGCCUCCAGCGGCUCCUUCUCCAGCUCUGGGCUCCAGUCAAUAAACUCAGCCUGGUUGUCUC